AUGGCAGAUAAAGCUGUAAGCAGCUGGAACCAGAUUUGUCAGUUAAUAGUGACGGUAUCUCGCGGUCUUCAGAUGGAAUGGACAAUAGCGACCGUAUUAUGCGGUCUUGAGAAUGUCCCUCUGAAUAGUCAAGAGUUGCGGCUCUAUGUCAUGCUCAAGCUGGAAAAUCCCGUGAUCAUAGACAAGUUUGAAGGGCUUAGCGCUAUGAUCUUUAUGCAAGAUCUUCUAACGAUAGACAACUGUAUGUCGCACGCUUAG